AUGUGUUGUUCUCCCCCCCCCCCCCCCCCCACAGGUGCUUACGAUUCCAAAAUCAAGAUUGCUUCGAAGAUGACAUGCGAUAAUCCUCUUCAUAAUUAUCGAGAGGAAAUCGGAACAAAUGAAAAUACACCGUUCGCCGGAUGUCAGGAUAUAUACAUCUUCCCGAUUUUCCCCACUUUCAAUAUUUUCCCAAACAAUGGUGUUCAUGACCCUAGCCCAUUCGAACAGAAGCUUGUGUUGUGGUAG